AUGCUAAGUUACAAGUGCUUAUUAGGUAUUGCAUCAUUGUUACCACAAGCGUUUGCUUUGCUAAGAGUCCCAGUUGGUCCAAAUGGUGGUUUAGAAAGAUUAGUCAAGAAAGAUGCUUUUGAAACUGACACUUCAGUUCAAACUUAUAUCAUUCCAGGUACUGAUUUUUACUUCGGUAGUGAACACCAAAAAGUUUUUGUAUCAUUUGAUACAGGUUCCUACACAAGUUAUGUUCAAGACAGCUCAAUUUCAAAAAAUGGUUUCAAUGGUAACGACUCUACUUCUUUGAUCUCCUUGCAUAAAGAUUACUCUGUUGAUUAUGCUGAUGGUACAUCGUUCAAAGGUACAUGGGUCGCUGAUAAUGUGUCAUUUGAUAACGAAAAUACACAUACUGCUAACUUAACUUUUGGCCUCGUUGAUGAUGCUGCAGAUUCAACCAACAUUUUUGGUUUAGGUUACUAUCCAGAUUCUCCAGAUCCAACUUUUAUUGAUACCUUGUUUAAACAAGAAAUCAUUUCCAAGAGAGUCUUUUCAGUUUAUCAAGAUUCUUUAACAAAAGGUGAAUUUACAUUUGGUGGUAUUGAUACUUCUAAAUUCAGUGGUGACUUAACCGCCAUCCCUGUUAUUGAUGCUCAAUCUUGGAAUGUUAAACUAUUUGACUUUUACCAUGGUUGUGAAACUUUGACAAACGGUAACUCUUAUCCAAUUUUGAUUGAUACAGGUUCUUCAACAGGUUUAUAUUUACCAGAAGAUGUUUAUAACAAGUUGAUUAACAAAUUAGAAGCAAAAUAUGAGUCAACUUUGAAAGGUUACAUCUUUGAUUGUUUGAAAGCUCAAUCUUUAACUUUAGAUUUUGGUGGUAUCCAAAUUGAAAUUCCAACAUCCUCAUUUGUUCAAGGUGUCUCUGGUACUGAUUACUGUACAGUUAAUUGGAGAGUCAGCUCGCAAGGGUCAUUUCAAUUAGGUUGGACCUUUUUCAACAAUUUCUACUUUGUUUUUGAUGCUGAAAACAAGGAAAUUUUGAUUGGUGAGCCGAUCAAAAACUCAAGUGAUGAAAGCGUUGUUGAGAUUACAGGUGAUGUUCCAAGCUCUGUUCAGGCUGCUAGCUACUCACAAACAGAUAUUGUUUCCACAAACUCUAUUGACUAUACAUCAGCAUCUACUGUUAGCAUUUUUGCUUCAUCUUCAUCAUUAGGUGACUACUAUAAUGGUCCAACAGGUUUGACCACUUGUACCCCAACAAGUUCAAGCUCAUUAUCAAGCUCUUCAAGCUCUUCAAGUGCAAGCUCAAUCUCAUCAGCUAUUUCAAGCUCUUCUGUUAUUUCAAGCUCAGAGGCUAUUUCGAGUUCAGAAUCAUCAAGUUCUUUAUCUGUUUUCAGCACCAGUGCAUCCUCAUCUGACUCCAGCAUUGAAUCAUCAAGCUCUGCCAUUACUAGCUCCAUUAAUGAAUCCUCCAGCUCUGAUGCUAGCUCUGCUGUCGAGUCAUCUGUCUCCAGUGCUGAACCAUCAAGCUCUGGUAUUACUAGCUCCAUUAAUGAAUUAUCCAGCUCUGCUGUCGAGUCAUCCAGUCCUGUGCUAUCUUCAGUUGCUUCUAUUGAAAGUUCAGACGUCUCUAACGCUGCUUCCGUUUCUGAAUACCCAAGCUCAUUCCCUUCUUCUUUCCCAACCAUUUCAGCAACUGUCCCAUCAUCAUCUUCGUUAUUAAGUUCUUCUCCAUCAGCUCUAAGCUCAACAUUCUCCGGUUAUUUUAACAGUUCCAGUUCAGUACCAGUCGUUUCGGAAUCAUCAUCUGCUUUGCCAAGUUCAUCAGCAACACCAUCUAUCAAUGGUUCAUUUGUCGAUGGCUCACCAAUAUGGGAUGUUUAUAUACCAUUUGAACUAGGUCCUUGGAGUCUUGUUGAGAUUUAUUCUGCUAAAGAAGCUGAAUUUACAUACAGUCAUAUUGAUUUAUUGGUUUCUGGCUCAAAAGUUUCCCCAUCGGUCUUCCAACAAAAUGGCGGUUCCUUCCAAUACAAUUAUGAUGGUGAAAUUGAAGAUGGUGAAACAUUGCAAGCCCAUAUUGUUGCUGCUCCAUUCACUGGUCAAUCAGCUACCAUUGAUAUCGUCAUUGCUAUUACUGAUAGAAACGGGGCUAAACUUGUCAAGAGAGCUACUCAAAGUUUCACCUUGAGUAAUACUAUCACUGCAUCAGCCUCUUCAUCAUUAUCCUCUACUUCUUCAUCUGCUACUACAUCUGUUUUAUCUAGUUUGAUAGCUUCAGAAUCACCAUCUGCUUCAGCUACAGUUAUUUCUUCACCAUCCAAUUCUGACACAGCGUCCACAGUUGAACCAGUUUCUUCUUCAUCAAUUUCAGAAGCUUCAAUUUCAGGCACUGGAGAUUCCUCUAACGUUGUUGCUGGUGAACUAUCCACUUCCACAGCUGUGGUCGAAAACUUGCAAACCACUAUUGCAACCGUUACUUCAUGCUCUGGCCAUGUUUGUACUGAAGAACCAACCACAGUUGUUGUUCAAACUGUUACUCAAACACUUGGUAACAUCAUCAAUGUCUACACAACUUAUUGUCCAUUAAGCUCUGAUUCAUCAUACUCUCCAUCAAGUGUUCCUAACACCGUUGCUUCAACUUCUGAAACCACACCAAUUGCCGUUCCAUCAACUACUACAAUCAAGGAAGAAUCAAGUGCAACAGUUGCAUCAACAUCAGAGACUACCCCAGUCGCAGCUACUUCAGUUACUACAGUUAAAUCAAGUGCUGAAGUUACUCCUGGUAAAAGUUCAAUUUCAACUUCAAAAGCUAGUGUUUCAAUUGGUUCAGGUGUUGAGAGUACCUCAACUCAAGUUGUCCAAGUUACCUCCACCUUACCAGAUGGUAAAGUUACAACCAUCGCAUCAACUCAAGAGUCAUCAGCCCCAGCUAGCUCAGGUACUCCAGUCUCUAAUGGCUCAGCAUUGGUCAGUACUCAGUUGGUCCCAACUUCAACACAAGGUGAUUCUACAUUAUAUGUUACCCAUUUGGUUACUCAAACUACAGAACCAGUCUCAGGUGGUGUUUCAAGCAGCUCUAUCCCAAAACUGUUAACUCAAGGUGGUGCAUCAAAUAAUGGUACUAAUCCACAAUCCCCAGCUCAAGUUUCACAAUAUGAAGGUUCUGGUAACAGAUUAGUCGCUGGUAUGUUGAGCGCUCUGCCAAUUGUCGUUAUGUUUUUCUAA